CUUAAAUAAAUAAGAAUCUAAUGCUCUUAUCAGAUUUUAGUUGAUGUGUUUAGAUAUUAAGAUAUCUAAUGCAUUAAUAUUGAUACCUUAAAAGUUAUUGCUUAAGCCACAUUAUAGCGCGCUACUUUUAACAGGGGUUUUACUUACCCAUGAUACCAUAGUACUAUGUAAAGAAUACGUACCUCCUACUUAACGUCGAUACAUACAACAUCUGCAACUCACUUUACAUGUAAAUAUAAUAACAAUAACCACAAUGAACAAGGACAGCUGCUACACGUACGUGCACAUGCAGCACCCGCGCGACGCCGACAUGUUCGAGGAUUUCUGCAAGGACAAGCUGCCCGACGAUGACAUCUACGUGCCGCUGCACCACCAGCCCAUCAACCCCGAGGACGAGGACGACGUCGUCCCCGACCAGCACGCCGCCUUCGGCAUCCAGAAGGCUACCCAGCGCAACAGGGAGCCCGUCUGGAAGGAUUUGGGCUUGGCCGAGCUCAUGGGGAAGGGUCCCGCGCCAGGAAAGAGUCAGAGUCGCGCCCCGGGGGCUUCGUAUAAGGGACUGCCGCGAUGACGAACGAGGGGUUGUGUGCUUGCUUGCUUGUUAGGUCAGGUACUUGGCAACGGGUCGGAGAGCUUCUUAAAGGUGUAAGAGUCUUUACAACCGAGGGAACUGGCGUUUUCACGGCGGAUCGGCGUAGUAGCAUUGCUUUCUCUUUUCCUGCCUUGAGAGAUUGUCUCUAAUUGACUGGACUA